UUAUGACUAGCACUCCUUUUCCUAAGUUUAAAUUGGCUGAGGAUUCUAAUGCUUCUGAACUUGAAGUCAUAGCUUCUAGUGGAAAAGGAUUAGUUAAUAAUGAGCAGAUUUCUGGAAUAAUACAAGUUUCGGGUGAAAAAAGGCAAAAACAUCUGACUCGGUCAUCUGACUCGCUUUCAAUGUUACGAGUUGACCUCUUUCAAAAAAGUUGUUUAAAUUUGAAGGCUAUUGUCAAUGGCAGUAACUAUACACUUUCACAAUAUAACAUUUCCAAUCUUUUUCCGAGCAGCAAAAGCUCUCAUUCCUUAUGCAAUGAUCAUGUGAUUGAUUCAUCAGCUGCAAAUGUGAGUCGACACAGUACCUCCAAAAUGGCUAUUCAGAAUGUAUCUGUAACUACCCAGACAAAGCAUGAAAUUGCAGAAGCAAAGGCUAAAUUAUUGAAGUUGUGCAAGCAAGAUUCAGUUGUACAAUUUUCAGAAGUAUUUAAGUGGAGCUCAUUGAAUGUUAAGAAAAUUGGAGAAGGAACAUAUGGAGAAGUUUUUAUUAUUACUAAAGGGAAAACAUCAACGGUCGUGAAAAUAAUUCCUGUUUCUGAAGAAAUUGGAGAUGACAGUUUUCAGGGACUGCAAAAUGUUUUGUCUGAAGUUAAAAUUGCACAAAGUUUGAGUGGUCUACGAAACAAGAAGAUUAACCAAACUAAAAAUUUCAAUAAACUCAAAAGUGCUCACCUUGUUAUGGGGCAGUAUCCUGAUGUACUAAUUAAUGCUUGGGAUUCUUUCAGCGAAGCUAAGUCCACUUACAAUGAUAGACCAGAUUUCUUCUCUGAGGCUCAGCUGUUUGUUAUUCUUGAACAAGAAUACGGAGGAAAAGACAUGUCAAAUUUUGUGCUCAGACAUGCUGUUGAAGCAGAAAGUGUCUUCAAACAAAUCGCUAUAUCUUUAGCAAUUGCUGAAGAAGAAUUUUUAUUUGAGCACAGGGACUUGCAUUUGGGAAACAUUCUAAUUCAAAGAAAUCGCAGUAAAAAAAUAUCUUAUGUACUGAGAGGAAAACCUUUUUCAAUCGAAAGUCAUGGAUUGUUAGUUACAAUUAUCGAUUUCACACUCUCAAGAUUAUGCGAGACCGAGUAUGUUUAUUAUAAUAACCUUGCUGAUGAUGAAUCUUUAUUUAACCAAAGUGGUGAUUAUCAGUUUGAAAUAUAUAAAGCUAUGAAAGAGCAUUUGGGGAAUAAAUGGCAUGAAUGUGGAUUAUAUUCUAAUGUGUUAUGGUUAAAUUUUUUGUGCGUCAAGCUCAAAAGCUUUCCGUACAGUCGUCCAUCUUCCGCAAAGCACACCAAAGCCUUGAAGCAGUUGGAAUCAAUGGAAAAGCAAUUAAGUUAUUGUAACUCUGCCACAGAUUGCUUAUCACAGUGUAAAAUUGUAACUCUUCCCGAUACAAAUGGCAAUAGAGACACUAGAUUAUCUAGUAAUUCAAUAUUGGUGUCAAGGAACUCAUUUCAGAAAUCUAAAGCCAGUAUAAUUGCUUGAUCAUGAAUAAUUUUAAUGACUAUGAAUUUUGUUUUUGUACUUAUGCAUUUAUUUAUUCUUAAAAAUUUA